AUGCGCAGGAUGCCCGGCUGUCUGCUAAAACUGACCCGGGUGAUGCUGAACCACAGGCUGGGGGCCCUGUUCAUCAUCGUCUUCAAGUUCUUGUCCUUCGCCUCCAUCCUGCUGUACUGGAGAGCCACGGAGGACCCGAAGGUCAGGGGCCAGCUCUAUGUCUCACCUAUUGAGAUCCACUGUGCUCGCUCGGUGCCGUCUCCUCCCCGUGCCGCUGCUGAGGGGCCCCCUCCUCCGCCGGGGGACGUGUUUUUUGUGGAGACCUCAGAGCGCACCAACCCGAAUUACCUCUUCCUGUGCUCCGUGGAGUCGGCGGCCCGGACCCACCCUGGCACGAGGGUUGUGGUGCUCAUGAAAGGCUUGGCCAAGAGCAACGCCUCGCUGCCCAACCACUGGGGUUUCUCGUUACUCAGCUGCUUCCCCAACGUGGAAAUUCGGCCCCUGGAUUUGCAGGAGCUUUUCUCUGGGACGCCUCUGGCAGAGUGGUACCUGCAGGCUCAGCAGCGCUGGGAGCCUUAUUUCUUGCCCAUCUUGUCAGACGCCUGCAGAAUUGCCAUCAUGUGGAAAUUUGGUGGCAUCUACCUGGACACGGACUUCAUUGUGCUUAAGAACUUAAAGAACCUCACAAACGUGCUCGGUACCCAGUCCAAGUACGUGCUGAACGGGGCCUUCUUGUCCUUCAAGCCCAAGCACAAGUUCAUGGAGCUCUGCAUGCAGGACUUUGUGGAGAACUACAACAGCUGGAUCUGGGGGCAUCAGGGCCCCCAACUCCUAACACGUGUCUUCAAGAAGUGGUGCUCCAUUAGGAGUCUUAGGAGCAGCAGGAGCUGCAAAGGGGUGAGUGCUCUUCCCCGGGAAGCUUUUUAUCCCAUCCGGUGGCAGGACUGGAAGAAGUACUUUGAAGUAGUCAGCUCUUCAGAGCUUCACCAGCUCUUCAAGAACACCUAUGCAGUGCACGUGUGGAACAAGAAAAGCCAGGGGACAAGGCUAGAGAUCACAUCCAAGGCUUUGCUGGCUCAGCUGCAUUCUCAUUUCUGCCCUGCCACGUAUGACAUCAUGAAGAAGGAUGCUGGGCGGCAGUGACU